CUCUCUCUCUCUCUCUUACUUAUUCUUUCUGGGUCUGUCUCUCUGUCCCUUUCUCUCAUCGAUUCUAACCCCAUGGAUUCUCCUUCAGCUCUUUUUCCUCGCCUUUAUUAAUAUAUAUAUAUAUAUAUUUUUUUUUUUUCUUUAACUUUGAAUUCGUCGAAACCUCGAACUUAAAUCACUGCCUCAUCAAUAUACUAUCUACUUCAAUGUUGGCAGGAACUUAUCAGUGAUCGAUUUUUUUAAUCAACUGCAGAACAAGAAAUGGCUAAACAAGUUGUUGCCAAUCAACCAGCAACUUCCUUUGAGUAUGAACUAUUUGAAGGUGAUCCUGACCAUCUAAGAACUGUUAUAGCCUCAUCAAGUCAGAUAAGUCCUUGGAUUGAACCAGCAAAAUUGAAACUUAGGCACAGAAUUGGAAGGGGGCCUUUUGGUGAUGUAUGGUUGGCAACCCAUCAUCACUCAACUAAAGAUUAUGAUGAGUAUCAUGAAGUGGCUAUCAAAUUGUUGCCUCUGAUUAAAGAGGACCACUUGAAAGCUGUUUUUGAUAAAUUUGAGACUCUAUUUUUUAAGUGUCAAGGGACAGGAGGUGUUUGUUGGCUACAUGGAAUUUCAAUUUUAAGUGGAAAGGUGUGCAUUAUUAUGAAAUUCUAUGAAGGAUCAGUUGGUGACAAAAUGGCCCAUCUCAAGGGAGGGAAGCUUGCAUUGCCUGAUGUAUUGAGGUAUGGAAUAGAGUUGGCUCAAGGAAUUUUGGAACUACACUCGAAAGGGAUAUUGGUUCUGAACCUUAAACCAUCUAAUGUUCUUCUUAACGAGAACAAUGAAGCAAUUCUUGGAGAAUUUGGUAUUCCUUAUCUUCUUCUUGGUAUUCCGCUUCCAAGUUCAGAUAUGGUCCGUAGGCUUGGAACUCCAAACUACAUGGCUCCAGAACAGUGGCAACCAGAAGUAAGAGGUCCAAUAUCCUUUGAGACUGAUUCUUGGGGAUUUGGGUGCACUAUUGUGGAGAUGUUAACUGGUGUUCAGCCUUGGCGUGGAAAAUCUGUUGAUGAAAUAUAUAAUUUGGUUGUCAGAAAACAGGAAAAACCCCAUAUACCAAGUUGCCUUCCUCCUCCAGUAGAGAGUGUUCUUUUGGGUUGUUUUGAGUCUGACUUGAGAAGUCGCCCUUUAGUAACAGACAUAUUAGAAGUGUUUAAAAGCACACAGAAUGCACUUUCUGGUGAUGGAAGCUGGACGGGUCUUGGAAGCAGAACAAUCACAGAAAAAUCAAGCAGCACUGGUUACACAGAGUGGUUCCUUUCAAAAGAUCGUCUGCAAGUGGGCGACACUGUGCGGUCCAGAAAGCCACCAAAUUCUUGCAAAUCUGAGAACAUGCAUGUCCCAGAAGGAACAGUAGUGGGUGUAGAACGUGGCACAGAUCAUGGUAACUUUGUUCUGGUAAGGGUCCAUGGCAUCCAUGAUCCAUUAAGGGUCCAUGUUUCAACACUGGAACGUGUCACUUCUGGCUUGGCUGCUGGUGAUUGGGUGCGCUUGAAGGAAGAAGACAAGAAACACUCACCAGUGGGUAUCCUACAUUCUGUCAGCCGUGAUGGUAAAGUCAAUGUCGGAUUUAUAGGAGUGGAAACACUUUGGGAAGGAAAUUCAUCAGUAUUUGAGAUGGCAGAGUCUUACUGUGUGGGCCAGUUUAUUAGGUUGAAAGCCAAUGUUUUGAGCCCCAGAUUUGAAUGGCCUCGUAAAAGGGGAGGGACUUGGGCCACAGGGAGGAUUAUGAGGAUCCUACCAAAUGGAUGCCUCAUUGUCAAGUUUCCUGGAAUCCCGACUUUAGGAGAUGAAAACAGCACCUUCUUGGCUGAUCCAGCAGAAGUAGAAGUGGUUAAUUUCAAUACUUGCCCAGGGAUGGUGAGGAAAUACCAACAUCUUGAGGAUUUUCACUGGGCAGUGAGACCUCUUUUGAUUGCAUUGGGCCUGUUUACAGCCAUGAAGCUAGGUAUUUUCGUAGGAAAGGGAAUGAGGAGGUCGAAGUUGAAGAGGCGAGAAAUCGGCAUUAUAGAAAGUGAGAAUCAACAUGUGGAAAGUCAGAAUGCUGGAAAUCCAGCAUGGAUGCCUCCAUCAGUGGCAAAUAUCCUUUUCAGAGAAGGCAUCGCCACCACUACUGCACGAUAGUCUUUGAACUCAAAUUCUCUCUGCCCAUGGCUAGUUGGAAUUUGCUAACAUUAGAUUAGCAGCACCUGGUUUAUUGGUAAAGCUAUUAUGUUGGGUAUUGAAAUGCAGAAUGGACCAAUAUUAUUUUGCUGCCAAAUAGUUAUUUUAAAUUUCCACGAUAAUGUCUGGCUUGUACAUAGAUGUGAAGAUGUAGGUAUGGUCGUGAAUUCGUUAGUUUUACUAUAAAACUCUUUUCUUAUUUUAUUCAA